AUGUACAUAGCGACACUGAUUGCACUCGUGCAGCUGUCGCUCGCUACAGCUGUUUCAGAUGUGGGCACACUCACGGCAGCCGAGCUGAAUCUUGAACUGGCUGGUGAUAAUGGUUUAUCCCAAUUCUUUGAAGAUUCGAGCGAUGAAACCGGAGUUAAUUUCGUGAGGGGGUUAAGAGCUGCAGACUCUCCGCUGUCCCCAGAUAUUGAUGUACAGUGUUCUGCAGAUUUCAUUGAGGUUACUGUAGAUUUUCCUGAUAUAUACGAUGGGAUUAUAUACAGCAAAGGUUUUCUGAGUGACUCUAAAUGCAAAUACGUUUCUUCUGGAGGCAGUCAAUCGCGGUAUUCCUUUCGAGUACCGUUGAAUGGUUGCGGAAGUCGACCACUUUGCAAUGCCUGUGGUACCAUCGACAACGUUCUCGUGUUUCAAGCAGAUGACUUGAUACAAGGGCCUUAUGAUUUUGCUAGAAAGGUAUCAUGUGCUGGUACUGCUCUCGAAGUAUCAACUGGCGUCAGAAAAGAACAAUCACAUACUCUAAAACUAAAGCCUUUCAUGGUGGAUAUGCUGGAUGUAGUCGCUGUACAGGGACCCGCUGGAGGUAUUGAAUGCUGGAUGGACAUUCAGAAAGGAGUUUUCCCUAACACAACUCCGUUGGAAAAUUCAAUUAAAAUCGGCGAAUAUCUUACUAUUCUUAUUUAUUUGAAAGACAUCAGAAACCAAUUUAAUCUAAAAAUUCAUGAUUGUUGGGCUUACGACAAUGAAGAUUAUGAUAGCCCUAAGACUAGUAAGAUUCAACUGACGGAUAAGGAAGGAUGUCCCAAGAAAAAGAAAUUCAUUGAUGUAUGGCAAAAAUCUACAAAUACUGGAAAAAGCGGCGCUACCUUAAUCGCUCAUAGCAAAAUAAGUGCAUUCCGCUUCCCAGAAACUGAUCAAGUGUACCUAACAUGUAAUGUAGAGCUAUGUACAAACAACUGCGAUUCAAGCUGUACUGGAAAAACAACAGAAAUAACUACUAUCAAGCCAGGCUUCAAAUGUGAUGCUGGAUCUACAGAUCCCCGCUGUCCAAGACCUACCACUUUUGUACCCGAUAGCUGUUAUCCUGGAAGUCGAGAUCCACGUUGUCCUAAACCUACAACUCCUGUAACACCUAACUGCUAUCCUGGAAACGUAGAUCCUCGUUGUCCUAAGCCUACGACGCCUGAAGUUCCAAGGUGUUUCCUUGGCAGUACAGAUCCGCGUUGUCCGUAUCCAACUACACCGGCUACGCUAAAUUGCUAUCCUGGCAAUACGGAUCCACGUUGUCCCAAGCCAACAACACCCCUUGCCCCAAGAUGUUACCCUGGUAGCACUGAUCCUCGUUGUCCUCAAACUACAUCGCCUAGGCCAAUUUGUUAUCCAGGAUCACCAGAUCCAAGGUGUCCCAAAGUACCGAAACCUACAACUUUAACCCCAUCAACAUAUUUACCACCAUCCACAGAAGUACCCAAGUGCUACCCGGGAUCAACUGAUUCUCGAUGCCCUCAACCUACAACCCCUGCUCCUCCCAAAUGCUUCCCUGGAAGCACAGAUCCGCGUUGUUCUAAGCCAACUACUCCUUCACCACCUAAUUGCUACCCCGGUAAUACUGACCCACGUUGUCCAAGACCAACUACUCCUGCGCCACCUAGUUGUUUCCCCGGAAGUACAGACUCACGAUGUCCUAGACCAACAACCCCUGCCCCUCCAAACUGCUUCCCAGGCAGCACUGAUUCUCGUUGUCCUAAACCAACUACUCCAGCACCACCUAACUGUUACCGAGGAAGCACUGAUCCACGCUGCCCCAAGCCAACAACACCUACACCGCCUAAUUGCUACCCUGGUAAUACUGACCUACGUUGUCCAAGGCCAACUACUCCUGCACCACCAAGGUGUUUCCCUGGAAGUACUGACCCACGAUGUCCUAAGCCCACCACUCCCACACCACCUAAAUGUUACCCCGGUAGCACAGACCCGCGUUGUCCUAAAUCAACUACUCCCGCACCACCUAAUUGCUACCCUGGUAAUAAUGACCCUCGCUGUCCCAAGCCAACAACACCUGCACCACCUAACUGUUAUCCUGGCAAUACUGACUCAAGAUGCCCUAGACCAACAACACCUGCUCCUCCUAAAUGCUUCCCUGACAGCACUGACCCUCGUUGUCCCAAGCCAACAACACCUGCACCACCUAACUGCUUCCCAGGAAGCACUGAUCCACGUUGUCCUAAACCAACUACCCCAGCGCCACCUAACUGCUACCCAGGAAGCACUGACCCACGUUGUCCCAAAACGACAACACCUGCACCGCCAAAUUGUUUCCCAGGAAGCACUGAUUCACGUUGUCCUAAACCAACUACUCCUGCUUCACCUAACUGCUACCCAGGUAGCACUGACAUACGAUGUCCCAAACCAACCACUCUUACAAUUCCAACAUUUUCAAAACUAGUUUGUUACCCAGGAUCACCCGACCCAAAGUGUCCACAACCUUCAAGACCUACUACUUUAACACCUCCAACAUAUUUACCUCCGUCAACGGAAAAGCCAAACUGCUAUCCAGGUUCUACAGACAACAGAUGCCCUAAGCCUACAACUCCUAAUAAUCUACGUUGCUUCCCCGGAAGUACAGACCCACGUUGUCCUAGACCAACAACACCUGCCCCUCCAAACUGCUUCCCAGGCAGCACUGAUUCUCGUUGUCCUAAACCAACUACUCCAGCACCACCUAACUGUUACCGAGGAAGCACUGAUCCACGCUGCCCCAAGCCAACAACACCUACACCGCCUAAUUGCUACCCUGGUAAUACUGACCUACGUUGUCCAAGGCCAACUACUCCUGCACCACCAAGGUGUUUCCCUGGAAGUACUGACCCACGAUGUCCUAAGCCCACCACUCCCACACCACCUAAAUGUUACCCCGGUAGCACAGACCCGCGUUGUCCUAAAUCAACUACUCCCGCACCACCUAAUUGCUACCCUGGUAAUAAUGACCCUCGCUGUCCCAAGCCAACAACACCUGCACCACCUAACUGUUAUCCUGGCAAUACGGACUCAAGGUGCCCUAGACCAACAACACCUGUUCCUCCUAAAUGCUUCCCUGGCAGCACUGACCCUCGUUGUCCCAAGCCAACAACACCUGCACCACCUAACUGCUUCCCAGGAAGCACUGAUCCACGUUGUCCUACACUAACUACUCCAGCGCUACCUAACUGCUACCCAGGAAGCACUGACCUACGCUGUCCCAAGCCAACUACACCUGCACUACCCAGAUGCUACCCUGGUAGUAGUGACCCACGUUGUCCUAAACCAACUACUCCUGCUUCACCUAAUUGCUAUCCAGGUAAUACUGACCCACGUUGCCCUAAACCAACAACACCCGCUCCUCCUAAAUGUUUCCCGGGUAGCACAGAUCCACGUUGUCCUAAGCCAACAACCCCUGCUCCACCUAGAUGCUACCCAGGUAGCACUGACAUACGAUGUCCCAAACCAACCACUCCUACGAUUCCAACAUCUUCAAAACCAGUUUGUUACCCCGGUUCACCUGACCCCAGGUGUCUACAACCUUCGCGACCUACAACUUUAACACCUCCAACCUAUUUACCACCCACAACAGCUGGACUGAGAUGUUACGUAGGUUCUACAGAUCCCAGAUGCCCAAAACCUACUACACCAGAAGCUCCUAGAUGUUACCCCGGUAGCAGUGAUCCGCGCUGCCCUAAACCGACUACUCCGGAAGCUCCUAGAUGUUACGCCGGUAGCAGUGAUCCGCGCUGUCCUAAGCCUACAACACCUAGACCUCCAAACUGUUUCCCAGGAAGUAACGAUCCACGUUGUCCCAAGCCGACUACACCUGAGGCUCCUAGAUGUUUCCCCGGUAGCAGUGACCCACGCUGUCCUAAACCUACUACGCCGGCGCCACCUAACUGCUUCCCAGGUAGUACAGAUCCACGUUGUCCUAAACCAACUACUCCGGCACCACGCAACUGCUUCCCAGGAAGUAACGAUCCACGUUGUCCCAAGCCGACUACACCUGAGGCUCCUAGAUGUUUCCCCGGUAGCAGUGACCCACGCUGUCCUAAACCUACUACGCCAGCGCCACCUAACUGCUUCCCAGGUAGUACAGAUCCACGUUGUCCUAAACCAACUACUCCGGCACCACCCAACUGCUUCCCAGGAAGUAACGAUCCACGUUGUCCCAAGCCGACUACACCUGAGGCUCCUAGAUGUUUCCCCGGUAGCAGUGACCCACGCUGUCCUAAACCUACUACGCCGGCGCCACCUAACUGCUUCCCAGGUAGUACAGAUCCACGUUGUCCUAAACCAACUACUCCGGCACCACCCAACUGCUUCCCAGGUAGCACUGACCCACGUUGUCCCAAGCCAACAACACCUGCACCACCAAGAUGCUUCCCUGGUAGCAGUGACCCACGCUGUCCUACGCCUACUACACCGGUGCCACCUAACUGCUUCCCAGGUAGUACGGAUCCACGUUGUCCUAAACCAACUACUCCGGCACCACCUAACUGCUUCCCAGGCAACAUUGACCCACGUUGUCCCAAGCCAACGACACCUGCACCACCCAAGUGUUUCCCAGGAAGCACUGAUUUACGUUGUCCCAAGCCUACAAGUCCAACAAUUCCCACACCUUCAAAACCAGUUUGUUACCCUGGCUCACCUAACCCAAGCUGUCCACAACCUUCGCGACCUACAACUUUAACACCUCCCACCUAUUUACCACCCACAACAGCUGGACCGACAUGUUACGUAGGUUCUACAGAUCCCAGAUGCCCAAAACCUACUACACCAGAAGCUCCCAGGUGCUAUCCUGGAAGCAAUGACCCGCGCUGUCCUAAACCUACUACACCUGAGGCUCCCAGAUGCUACCCCGGUAGUACAGACCCGCGUUGUCCAAAACCCACAACACCUGAGGCUCCAAGAUGUUACCCAGGUAGCAAUGACCCACGUUGUCCUAAACCGACUACACCAGAAGCUCCCAGAUGUUACCCCGGUAGCAAUGACCUGCGUUGUCCGAAACCGACUACACCAGAAGCUCCCAGAUGCUACCCUGGUAGCAGUGACACACGCUGUCCUAAACCUACAACUCCUACACCUCCUAACUGUUUCCCAGGAAAUAAUGAUCCACGUUGUCCCAAGCUGACUACACCUAAGGCUCCUACAUGUUACCCCGGUAGCAGUGACCCGCGCUGUCCUAAGCCGACUACACCCGAGGCUCCAAGAUGUUACCCUGGUAGCAACGACCCGCGUUGCCCUAAACCAACUACACCAGAAGCUCCCAGGUGCUACCCUGGUAGCGGUGACCCACGCUGUCCGAAGCCUACAACUCCUACAACUCCUAACUGUUUCCUGGGAAAUAAUGAUCCACGUUGUCCCAAGCCUACUACUCCAGCACCACCCAACUGCUUCCCAGGCAGCACUGACCCACGUUGUCCCAAGCCAACAACACCUGUACAACCUAGAUGCUACCCUGGUAGCAGUGACCCACGCUGUCCUAAGCCUACUACACCAGCGCCACCUAACUGCUUCCCAGGUAGUACGGAUCCACGUUGUCCCAAGCCUACAACACCCACCCCGCCAAGGUGCUAUCCAGGUAGCAAUGACAUACGUUGUCCCAAACCAACUACACCAACAACUUCCACACCUUCAAAACCAGUUUGUUACCCUGGCUCACCUGACCCGAGCUGUCCACAACCUUCGCGACCUACAACUUUAACACCUCCAACCUAUUUACCACCCACAACAGCUGGACCGAUAUGUUAUGUAGGUUCUACAGAUACCAGAUGCCCAAAACCUACUACACAAGAAGCUCCCAGGUGCUAUCCUGGCAACAAUGACCCGCGCUGUCCCAAGCCUACUACACCUCAGACUCCUAGAUGUUACCCUGGUAGCAGUGACCCGCGCUGUCCUAAGCCGACUACACCUGAGGCUCCAAGAUGUUACCCCGGUAGCAAUGACCCGCGUUGUCCUAAACCGACUACGCCAGAAACUCCCAGAUGCUAUCCUGGUAGCAGUGAUCCACGCUGUCCUAAGCCUACAACUCCUACACCUCCUAACUGUUUCCCAGGAAAUAAUGACCCACGUUGUCCCAAGCCAACUACACCUGAAGCUCCUAGAUGUUAUCCCGGUAGCAAUGACCCGCGCUGCCCUAAACCCACUACACCAGCGCCACCCAACUGCUUCCCAGAUAGUACAGAUCCACGCUGUCCUAAAGCAACUACGCCGGCACCACCCAACUGCUUCCCAGGCAGCACAGACCCACGUUGCCCUAAACCAACAACACCCGCUCCUCCUAAAUGUUUCCCGGGUAGCACAGAUCCACGUUGUCCUAAGCCAACAACCCCUGCUCCACCUAGAUGCUACCCAGGUAGCACUGACAUACGAUGUCCCAAACCAACCACUCCUACGAUUCCAACAUCUUCAAAACCAGUUUGUUACCCCGGUUCACCUGACCCCAGGUGUCCACAACCUUCGCGACCUACAACUUUAACACCUCCAACCUAUUUACCACCCACAACAGCUGGACCGAGAUGUUACGUAGGUUCUACAGAUCCCAGAUGCCCAAAACCUACUACACCAGAAGCUCCCAGGUGCUAUCCUGGAAGCAAUGACCCGCGCUGUCCUAAACCUACUACACCUGAGGCUCCCAGAUGCUACCCUGGUAGCAAUGACCCGCGUUGUCCUAAACCGACUACGCCACAACCUCCCAGAUGCUAUCCUGGUAGCAGUGAUCCACGUUGUCCUAAGGCCACUACACCUGAGGCUCCAAGAUGUUACCCCGGUAGCAGUGACCCGCGUUGUCCAAAACCCACUUCACCUGAGGCUCCAAGAUGCUACCCUGGUAGCAGUGACCCACGCUGUCCUAAGCCUACAACACCUACACCUCCUAACUGUUUCCUAGGAAAUAAUGAUCCACGUUGUCCUAAACCUACAAUAACUCAGGCUCCUAGAUGUUACCCCGGUAGCAGUGACCCGCGUUGUCCUAAACCGACUACACCAGAAGCUCCCAGAUGCUAUCCUGGUAGCAGUGACCCACGUUGUCCUAAGCCUACGACACCUGAGGCUCCCAGAUGUUACCCCGGUAGCAAUGACCCGCGUUGUCCUAAACCGACUACGCCAGAAGCUCCCAGAUGCUACCCUGGUAGCAGUGAUCCACGCUGUCCUAAGCCUACAACUCCUACACCUCCUAACUGUUUCCUAGGAAAUAAUGAUCCACGUUGUCCUAAGCCUACAAUAACUCAGGCUCCUAGAUGUUACCCUGGUAGCAGUGACCCGCGCUGUCCUAAGCCCACUACACCUGAAGCUCCUAGAUGUUACCCCGGUAGCAGUGACCCGCGUUGUCCUACAUCCACUACACCUGAGGCUCCAAGAUGCUACCCUGGUAGCAAUGACCCGCGUUGUCCUAAAGCGACUACACCAGAAGCUCCCAGAUGCUACCCUGGUAGCAGUGACCCACGUUGUCCUAAGCCCACGACACCUGAGGCUCCCAGAUGUUACCCCGGUAGCAAUGACCCGCGUUGUCCUAAACCGACUACGCCAGAAGCUCCCAGAUGCUAUCCUGGUAGCAGUGAUCCACGCUGUCCUAAGCCUACAACUCCUACACCUCCUAACUGUUUCCCAGGAAAUAAUGACCCACGUUGUCCCAAGCCUACUACACCUGAGGCUCCUAGAUGUUAUCCCGGUAGUAAUGACCCACGCUGCCCUGCACCAUCAACUGCAAAACCGACCCCGACCCCUAGUUCAUGCUAUCCAGGCUCUAAAGACCCAAAAUGUCCUCAACCAUUUGCUCCGAGUAGCACAAACCCACCUUCGACAUACUUGCCACCAUUUCCUGCAGAAAAUGAAAUAAAAUCGCGCGAAAACAGAUUGGCAGCAAAUAACCUUGAUUAUUACGAUGAUUCACAAUUGGAAAUAGAUAAUUUUGAAUUCUCUAGAACAAAGCCAAAAACAAGGAAUGUAAGAGAUGUAAGCAAAUCUGUAUUUGAUAAUGCAAAAGAAAACGCUGACCAUAUGACUGGAUUGGAAUACUCAGCAUUGCUUGGAGCGACUAUAUUUGUCAUUUUAUCUUUAGCGAUAGUUAUAUUUAUAUAUAAAAACAAAAAUAACCUUAAUCGAGGAAAUUUAGGAAACAAAGUAAAUACUCAUCCUUUGUAAUUAAAAAUUAAUUAUUAUGGUAAAUAUUAAUGAAAGAAAUCUUCAUCUAUAAUAUAAUUAUGUAUGUUUUAAUAAGCCUUAAGUUUAUUUUUUCGGAAUGAAUUUGAUUGAAAAAAUUUAUAUAUAUUUUUAUGUAAUGACUAUCACUGCCUUUUAAAGCUUUAUAUGUAUGUAAUGUUCAGGCAUAUCUGUAAUGCCUAUUUUAUUAUGAUAAAAUAGUGCCAUAGGUUGGUAUAUAAAAUUUGGCUACACUUUUAAGCUGUGUUACUUAAAUGUAAACAUAAAUACCUAUAUUCCUAGUCAAAAUAUAUAACGAACCACUAUUUUAAAGUUUUAAUAUGUUCCAUUUAUUAUAUAGAAUACAUAUUAUACUCAUUUGUGAUAUUUGUAAAUAUAUAACAAUUUUAUAUUGUGGCCAUCUGCGUAGUUAAGACUUUUCAUUUUGUACUAUUGAUGUAAACUACCAUUUUGUGUUGUGUAGAAAGUGAUAUGAUGUAAAUUAAAAUAACCUUUAUUGCUAUAAAUUUAUCGAACACAAAAUGGAAGAAAUGAAUUUUAAAAUAAAAACUAAAUGUUAGUAGAUUGUAUAAUGAGUCGAUCUAAGUAAAACAUUCUAUGAAUGUGUAA